AUGGCCAGGAAACGUAAGGGAACGCAGCAAGACGACGGCGCGGCGGCCGGCGCCGGCCAAGUCAAGUCUGCCCAAGCCAAGGCUCAAGACGACCAAGUCAUGGCGACAAACAGCAGCAGCAUCGUCUCCAAGCGCAGCGUCGAGAAGCUCUACCACGCCGAUGAGCCGCCCUUCUUCCGCUAUUUUGUGCCCAAGUUCCAGCGCCGCGCCCCGCUCAUCAACCGCGGCUACUGGCUACGCUUGCGGGCAGUCGACGUCUUAGUGCGCAACUUUUUGCGGACCCUCCGGCGGCCGCGGCAGCAGCAGCAUCAGCAGCAUGGGCGGCCUGAGGAAGGAGGGGAGGAUGAGGAGGAUGAGGAGGAGGAGGAGGAGAGGGAGAAGAGGAAGAGGGGGAGGAAGGGCGUUGUCGUCAAUCUGGGUUGUGGCAGUGACGUCCUCCCGUGGCAAUGCCUUACCCGGUACCCCGAGGACUGCGCCGGCGUCAAGUUUGUGGACGUCGAUUUCCCAGACCUGAUCGAGAGGAAGAGGCGGACUGUGCUGGGUACGCCGGAGCUGCUGAGGGCGUUUACCGGGGUGAAGGAGGCUUCCGCCUCAAUCGCACCGAUUGCCUUUGAGAGCGAGCAGUAUGUCCAGAUCGGGUGCGACCUAAGAGACCUGGGGACCCUGCAGAAAGGGCUGGAAGCCGCGGUAGGGGAUCUCUCGGAAUGUGACUUCAUCUUUGUCGCCGAGGUGUCCAUCACCUAUAUGGAGAGGGAGGGGGCCGACGAGGUGAUCUGGUGGGCUUCAACCGUCGGAAAUGCCGAGUUCGUACUCUUGGAGCAGAUUCUCCCCGACGGCAGCCAGCAUCCCUUCGCCUCAACCAUGCUCACGCACUUCGACAAGCUCAACACGCAGCUGAAGUCGGUCAGCAGCUACCCAACUGUCGCCGAUCAGUACGAGCGCUUCUCUUCCCGCGGCUGGGACUCGGUCAACGUUCGGACACUGUGGCAAGUGUGGGCCGACGAGACCUUCCUGUCCCGGUCCGAACGCCUUCAGCUGGACGAGAUCGAGGAGUUUGACGAGUGGGAGGAGUUUGCCCUCUUUGCGAGCCACUAUUGCCUCGUCCACGCAAAGGUGGGGAGCGACGCGGCCGCGAUACCAGCCCCGUCGCUGCCCGUCAGUGCGGAGAUUCCCGCCGAGCCGACAGAAAUGCGCUUCAACGAGUGCCCGGGGGUCAAGGGCCAACGACGGUUUGCGGCGGCGAUGUGGCUGUCUCCGGGCGGAUCUGAUGAGCAAACACAGUUGUCGGUACUCAAUGUCUUGGGACUUGGCUCCAAGAGCCGGCUUCAAUCAUGCGACGUCUUCCGGCAGGGGGGCUUGGAUGGCAAAGAGCCACUCACGUUCGGAGGGGGAGGUCCAACGGCAAGGAUGUGUCAUUCAUUGACGGACCUUGGCGGGAACGAGGUGCUGUUGGCAGGUGGGAGAGGUCGACCUUGCGAUCCGCUGAAGGACUGCUGGCUCUUCGACAAGGAGACAAAGACAUGGAAACAGACACAUGAUCUUCCCACACCCCUGUACAGGCACUCGGUCACAGCCCUGGGUCGCUCGGGUUUGGCCUUGCUUGUUGGUGGCAGGGGCGAGAUGGCGUUCGGCGGCUGUCUUGUCUACCAUCCCGAGGCCGGGUGGGUGGACUGCGAUAUAGUCGGCGAGAAGCCGGCUGCGGUGUAUGGAGCGGUACUUUCUUGCAGCGGCGAGAGUUCUGGAGGUGUCUUCAAUGGCGUGUAUGCCGGCGGUCUCGAGGAUUCCCUCAUCUCGGACCAGAUCAUGUACUGGGAAGCGGACAAACCAACUAUCAAAUUCCGUCCUAUGAGCAUCACCGGAAUUUUGGGAACAGACGCUGAAAGGCGCCUCUUGACACGAUUUGGCGCAACCGGUCUUCAGCACGGCGAUGUGCUUGUUCUGCUGGGCGGCGUAGCUCGGGACCAUCUGCUGACUCGUCGCGAUGAGGUCCUCUUGUGCUCCGUAUCCAAAGGUGAGCUCACUGUCACUUGUCAACUGACAGUCGAGUCCUCGGGCGCGCAAGGAUCAGCACCACGACCUCUUUUUGUUGGGCACUCGGCCGUGUUGCUGCCAGACGGCAGCGUCGUGGUGGUCGGAGGCGGAGCCACGUGCUUCUCCAUGGGUACCUUCUGGAAUAAGGGGGUAUAUACCAUCCGCAUUCCAGGGCUGGGGACUGCGGAAGCGAGAGUCUCUCCGUCGUUGCCUCAAUGGGUUUACGAAAAGAGUAUCGACAUAGCUCCGACCCAACGCAGUCUGCCAGUCCCCACCAAGAACCAGCAGAGCGGCGAACCCGCUCAAAUCACGGCCAUCCCCAGGUUGAAGCUGAAGUCAGCGGGUGAUUUCCUCGAGAUCGUGCGCGAAGGGCGACCGGCAGUACUAGAAGGGUUGGACCUGGGCCGCUGCGUAUCCACAUGGACUCUGGAGUACCUCGUCGACAGGGUCGGGUCAGAUCGCAAGGUUGUCAUCCACGAAGCUGCGACGCAGGCCAUGGAUUUCACGACCAAGAACUUCCGCUACGUCACGACCGAGCUCGGCGAUUUUGUACGAAAGGUGAAACAGGGCGAGAGGGUGUACCUAAGGGCGUUGUCGCACGAGAAGCCGUCCGAGAGGCCGGCGAUGUUGGCGGACGACUUCCCGGCGUUGGCUGCUGAUUUUCUGUUGCCUCCCGAGCUCUCACUCGUCGAGGAGAGCUUGUUCAGUUCCGUGUUGAGGCUGUCUGGGCCGGUGAAUAUGUGGCUACAUUACGACGUCAUGGCGAAUGUCUACUGCCAGAUUGGCGGUUCGAAGCGACUUCUCCUCUUCCCUCCGUCGGACGUCGAGCGUUUGUCCUUCGCGCCUGGAGCGUCCAGCUCCAGCGUGGAUGUUUUCUCGUCGCUGGGCUCACCCGAGCUCGCUCACACUCAUCCCCAAGAAGCAGUGCUAUCUCCAGGAGAGGUGCUGUUCUUGCCUCCCCUUUGGCUUCACACUGCGACGCCGACCUCGAAAGAGAGCAUCGCAGUGAACGUUUUCUUCAAGGAUCUCGAUAGUGUCCAUUACGCCGCCGGCCGGGACGUGUACGGCAAUCGCGAUCUCGCCGCUUACGAAAAGGGGAGGCAGGACAUUGCCCGCAUCGCGAACAGCUUCAAGAAGUUGCCAGCCGAAGCACGAGAGUUCUAUUUGCUGAGGCUAGCAGACGAGCUCCGUGAAAAGGCACGCGGAUGA